AUGCGGUGGUUCCGCAAGGGUGAGCCGCCACGGCUGCUCGCCGUAUCACCGGAAACCGAACCUCGAACCACGCGACCCUCUAGAAAUGAUUCGUCACCAGUAAGUUACUUGCAAAGAAAAAGUAGCAGCAGUUCGAUUGAAACGAAUUUCUAUAACCUAAAUGAACAAGUGAUAACAGUUGAAAAAUCGCAGCACACGUGUCAUAAUAAUGAACACACACCGGUUACUCGACGAAUAUCUUUGCAAAAUAGUCCGACUUCCUUACAAGAGAGUUGUGUUUCUAGCCGAAAGAAUCGUGCAGGUUCCGUAGAAAAGGAAUACAUGGUGUAUCGCGAAAAACGAAAUCCUUUACUAGAUAAAGUGAAAAAUACGAAACUGUCAUGUUUUAAGUCGAACGGUACUUUUCGAUACGGUGAUGAUGCGGCGUCUACUUCAGGAAGUGAAUGUAGUGGCUUCGGACAUGUCGAAGACGUUAGUCAAAAUCGAUAUCCAGAAUCAUAUCCAGAACCACACAUCGAGUUCGAAAAUCACAACCCAUGGGUUAAAAUGCAACAUUAUGAAGACGAAGUUUUUUAUCCAAAAAGCCCUGUAGAAUGUAAUUGGAGGGAAGGCAAAUCAUUCACGAAUAGAGGAACUAGAUGUUACAGUUCAGGAUCAGAGUGUGAUCGAUAUCAUGCCACACCAAAAACAGCUACUAAACUCUCUAAAUCCAGUGAUCAAAUUUUUAAUGAUGAUUAUGAAUACUCAGAUACACCCGUUGCCAUAAUAUCCGACAGUAAGACUGAUAAGUAUAAGAAUAAAAAUGAAAAAGACACGAUAGGACCAAGCUCCUGUCUUUCCGCUAAGAUUCGAGCUAUGUCGGACAGGUAUUUAAAAUCCUCCAAUAGAAUUUUAUCUAAACUCUAUAAACAAAAUGGGGAAGACAAUGACACACCACACAGCAUGACUGAGAACAUUUCAAAAUCAAAUAGUAGAAGCCGCAAGAAAAAAGGUGGAGUCAAAGCAAAACUCAGAAGCUUUUCUUACGGUGCACUACCCGGUCUAGAUGAAUUUCAAAAAACUCAAAGUGCCGUAUUUCACGAUGAAGUCUUCAACAUUUCUUGUGAUGAUGAAAACGUGUUAUUGCAAGACUGUGAGGAUGCAGACUCUGGAAUACUAGUCAAUGAAUCAGCUGCGUCCUCUAUGUUUGAUAACGACAGAAUACCUCCGCGGUGUGAAAGUUCCGCAUCGCAAACUAAUUCUCAGGGACCUUGUCAUAGUAGAAGUGUGUCCGGCGACCAAAGCUUUGCUAAAGUUAGAGUUUCACAUAGAAAGAGUAGAGAGAGGAGUGAAUUUCCUAAACCAAGACCAAGAAAUUCCCAAAGAGCUCUAUCGUUAGAUCGUAAAGAAAUACUACGGCGAAUGCCAAAGAACUGUGAUACUGAGGAACCUCAAUAUCUUCAAUUAACGGAGAAACAGAGAAUGCGUCAAAGAGACGCUAGUCAAGGUGAUUGUGGAAUUCCGCCUAUACCGCCAUGUCGCAAGCCCUUAAAGCACUUGAGUAAACCUCAAUCGGAGUUCAAAGUAGUGAAAAUAAUAAGAAAUUGUCCUAAUGAUGAACUGGGUAUAUUUAUCGCUAAGACAAAGCUGUCGGAUGAAGGACAUAUUGGAUACCUGGUGGCACAUGUUGUACCGGGAGGUUUAGCAGCAAAGGAGGGCUCUCUGCGUAUCGGCGAUGAAUUACUCAAUGUAAAUGGACGAAGACUUCGAGAUCUUACCAUGGCAGAAGCCAAAGAUGCAUUGCGAUCUGGAGCGGCAGAAAUCGACAUAGUAAUUUGCAGACAGCGGGAAAAAAGUUCAGUCGAAAUCCGCCAACGGGAACCAAAAAAACCUGGUGUCUUAAUGCGAGAAAGUUCCGUAGACUAUGAAAACGCAGUCAUAUUGGGGAAGGAAAGAGGCGUCAAUAAAUAUGACGUCAGAAUAGCGCGUCAUCAGAACCAGGAUGACACUGGCUGUAAUCGCAAAGGCUUAUCAAUCGAGCCGGACAACGCGACGGCCACGCAGUCGCAUUUCCUAAAGGGUCAGAACGCGAGCUACAGCAGUAUGAAUAACAAGCUCCUGCGCCGACAGGUCGUUAGUUACGGCGGUGCGAACAAGGAAACAAUGACGUUAAGUUGUACGGGUGAUAUCGUUGACGUUGACGUGCCAGAUGGAGUGACAAAUCGUGUUGAGACAAAAGAAGACACUGAAAUACAGACUCCUAAUGCGGCAAACUUCUGUACUCUACCUCGCCGACCAAGAGCGCCUACGCAUACUUAUCACACAAUCACCUUCGAAAAAGGCCAUGGAAAGAAGCCAUUGGGAUUUACAAUUGUGGGAGGACGAGAUUCACCCAGAGGUCCUUUGGGGAUUUUCAUAAAAAGUAUUUUACCACAAGGCCAGGCGAUAGACGAUGGCAGAUUAAAAGCUGGAGAUGAAGUGCUAGCAGUGAAUGGACAAGCAUGUCAUGAGUUGGCGCAUAUUGAAGCACUAGCACUUUUCAAAGCUGUGCGAAGUGGGCCCAUCGAGUUACGAGUUUGCCGUAGAGUGAAAAACCAAUCUGCUAAAGCCAAGUCAUGCACAGAUCUUCUAAAUGACGACGAUUGA